AUGAACUAUGAACCGGGGAAAAAAACAGAAUAUGUGGUGCUAUUAAUAAUCCAAUUUUUCUUCUUUUUAUUUCUGUUUGUUAAUUGCACGAGAAAACAGAAAGGAGAUCACAAAUCCCCGACUUCCGAUGUAUCAUCGGAUCGUGUAGGAAUUGAACAUGUGGAGAAAAAGGAAUCUCUCACCACUGCUCGACCAAGCACGGACGAGCAAUCACGAUUGAGUGCGAACACGGAAAUGAAAGGAAAAGUGACAAAAAUUAAACUGAGGGACCUCGCUGAUGAGCCAAGUCUUUCGCGUUCGAAAUUGCAAGGCUCAUCUGAUUUGCAGGACAGCGAGAAGGUAGAUUCAAGACCAGACUCCAAAGAAGAGUCCACACAGUCGUCUAAAAAAGAACCUCAAACGAAACCACAUGAAAGUCAAGAUAAAAUAAUUGACGUGAAUCAAACCGCACAAGCAGCUCUACCGAUUAUGGAUGGUACUGAACCUACACAAAAUCCCGAAUCAAAUGAAAUAGAAAAGAAGACAGAAGAGACGCCACUAUCAUCAGUAACCGAAAGAACAACGGGCCCAAGUACUUCUGUCCUGGGAACAACAUCGGAUACUCAAACUCUUAACACUAUGACGCAGAACACUCAAGCAGAACAUCACGAUUCGGCACCGCCAAGUCUCUAA